AUGGGAGACUUUAUUGGUCAUGUAUAUCCAGGCUUGUUUCUGGCCUUAUAUGGAUUGUAUCAGGCAAUAGUAGUCUCCAGAGCUAUGAUAUUCAGUGACUCUCUUCUGUAUCCUUCAUCCCUUUCUAAGAAUAAGGGAAGAUGGGCCAGGCUGUGGCAAAUAGCCCAUACAGGCUGGUUGAAGGCAGUGACUGGUGCCCUCUUGAUAAUUUAUGUGCUCAACUGUGUAGAAGGAGGGUUGAAAUUAAUGAGCAAAGGGAUACCACCAAGGUUUAUGUUCCCCAGGGAGUGGCAGCACCUCACCAUGUUCGUCCUCCUCACCCUUGACGGUUGUACAGAAAUUGUGAGCAAGAACGUGCUGCGGCAGAGGUGGGUGGUCCUAGAAAGAGGUUCCACGGUCCUGGCCAUCUAUGUGCUCCUGCUGCUGCUGGUGUCCCACGUUAAGGAUUCAUCUGGGGUGGAGCUGCAGGUCCACUCUCUCCUCAUCUUGGUGGUGUUCCUGCUGAUGCUGGUGUUGACGGCAGAGCUGUGGGCUCCUGAGAUGUUGCACCUCUGGAUGAUAGAGACCUUCCUGUUCCUGAUGAUGGGCACGUGGCUGAUGCAGGCAGGUUUCAUUCUCUUUAGACCGGUCUCUGGCUACCCGUGGGAGGAUGAUGACAUCAGUGACAUCAUGUUUGUCACCACCUUCUUCUGCUGGCAUGUCAUGAUCAAUGCCUUAUGCCUGGUGGGAGUCUAUGGUUUCUCUUCAUUGUGGCAUCAUUAUUACAGGCCCAGCUUGAGGCUGGGGGCUUCCAAGAAAGUGCUGUAUCAUGAGAGCUCUUCAGGAACAUUUUACCAGCUGCUGCAGGAUGCAGAGCAGCAGGACCAGGAUGACCAGGUUCUUCUCCCUUCAAAGAGCUCUGCCUGUGACAGGGCCUAGAAUACAUAAACCACCCCAUCUUCCUCCCGUGGGCUCUCUUGGGCACUUGUAAUACAUCCUUUGUUUCUCAGUGAAGGUAAUGGCCCUGGAGGAUGGUAGGUAGUCCCAGCUAUUAUGCCCAUCACUGACUCAGUAACCGUUGAGGAGGUAAAAGGAUGACCUGGAAAAGUGACAUGGCCUAGAUGAUGCUGGUCAGGAGAAGUGAGAGGAGAGAGUGGACUAAGAGGACCAA